AUGGAAUUCCCAGCUCCAUCGAACCACGACACGGCUCUCUGCCUGAUACCCCCUAGAGACCAAUGGCCGUUGGUCGACCGCCUUCGUUUCGAUAAUGACAAGGCCCAUGCGAAGUGGCCACCCCAUGUCAACCUCGUCUAUCCGUUCGUCAGGUCCACGGAUUCCAAUGCUCUCCGUCUGGCUUGUGAUGCCAUUGUCAAGUGCCUCACGGACCGGGGGGAGCCCGCCACUCUUCCCAUCUGCCUGGACUCCCCGGGCUAUUUUCAACAUAGGAACGGCAGUACACUGUUUCUGUGCGACAGAAACGCCGAGAACGCAUCUCAACUCAACUGCUUGAGAGCCGCCAUCCUCGCAGCCAUCGGUCAGACACGCUCGGAGCCGUACAACAUGCACAUGACGGUGGCCCAGUGCGAAGAUACGACUCGCUCGUCUAAAGUUGAUUUUCUCCUUGAAAAGCUGCGGCGCCUGCCUCCAGUCAGUUGGGAAGCAAGUCAACUGGCUGUUCUAGUUCGGGCCCCGUCGGGCCAGAUGAAACAAUGGGGUCUCAUUAACCUUGUUUCUCCCUCCCUGGUUAUCUGCGGUGAUUUGUUUGGCAUGGAACGAGAAACGGCCUUGAAUGUUAUCCUGCAACGCACAUGGCACUUCUCGGAUCGGCUCUUGGUAUGGCAGCCAGUUGACACAGUCUCCCCAGAAACGUCACAUUCGGAUGCUGAGCUGCUCGAAAAUCUCAUUGUUGCCAGUUGGAACGUCCUUGCCGAGUUCCACUGGCCUCCCUCUCGCACCAGAUACCCUCUGAUCGUCGAUAACCUUGUCGCAGGAACCGCGUUGGCAGACAUCGUAGUCCUCCAGGAGGUAACUGAUGACUUUCUGCCCUUCUUGCUCGAAGACGACCGCAUUCGAAAGCAGUAUACGUAUGCCUCACACGGAUCACCCGACGAUCCAGCUGCUGGCCCGUUGCCCAAUAUACUUAACAACGUGGUCCUUAGCAAACACCCCUUCUCCUGGGAAUACCUACCCUUCAAGCGUCAACACAAGGGAUCAUGCGUGCUUAGGUUCCAUGGCCUGAGAUACAGUGAGGCAGAUGGCCCUGCGUUGCCUCUAGUACUGGCAACCUGUCAUCUCAGUCAAGGUUUGACAGAUGGCGCCGUCGCCGCUAAAGAAAGGAGCGAUUAUCCAGCCAACCAAUGGGUCAUCGCCGGUGACUUCAACAUCACCACAUCUUCCUACACCGUUGAUAGCGCCGUCAAGAAGGGAGCAAUCACCGCGCAGACGGAAAAUGUUCUCCGAAACAUUGAGACAACCCUGGCCGAAGCCAACCUCCUUGAUGUCUGGAUGGUUUCGCGCAUCGAGGCCGGUGUCAGUGACAACCUCAAAGGUGACGUCGGCCAUAUCUUCGAGGGUGAGCAAGGGGCAACCUUCGACCCCAGAGAGAAUCCACAUGCUGCCAAGAUGGUCGGAAGUGGCCUCAACAACCGUCCGCAGAGAUACGACCGUAUAUUGGUCAAGAGUGGAGGCCCGUUCCGGAUCUCACGCUUUAACAUGUUCGGCUUCAUUACUGGCAAAGGCGAGACCAGGGAAGGUCCGUUAUACGCAAGUGAUCACUGGGGCAUUCGAUGCCUUCUGCAUCGCUUCGACUCGAAAAAUGCAGCAGCCGCCAGUGCCCAAGUGGUUCAUGUCCAGCCCAAAAAGGCACCGGCUGGCCUUUCCGACGUUGCCGUGCUGAGACGGUGCAUGGAAAACCUCAACAUCUUCCCGACGGAGCAAAACGAGGCUGUUCGGAAAGAGGCUCUUCAGCUGCUGCAACAUACCCUCCUGGACUCGGACCAAACAACCGGCGAUCAGACACGAGGCCGUCCGGCUAUUAUGUUAGUCCCCGUGGGAUCGUACGGUCUCGGCACCUGGUCCAGGACGUCCGACAUCGACUGCCUUUGUAUCGGUUCCAUCAGUCCCCGCGUUUUCUUUAUCCUGGCCCGUCAAAGGCUGAGAAAGUCGGGCAACCCGGGUGUGCGGCUAUUAAGGAAAGUCAAGGCCAAGACCGGCACUAUGCUCGAGGUUGAGAUUCUGGGCGUAAAGUGUGAUCUUCAAUACUGCCAGGCACCCAGCGUGGUGGAACAGUGGCCCGAUAUGCUGAAGCGGCCUCCGUCAGACCCAGCUUUCAGCUUGCCCAUGCAGACUCUUUUGAAGCUGAAGCCUGCGAGGGAUCUGUUCUACCUUCAGCGUUCCGUUCCCGACCUGGCACAGUUUCGCAUGAGUUUCCAGGCCAUCAAGACGUGGGCGAAGGCACGCGGGAUAUACGCAGCCAAGUUUGGGUAUCUUGGCGGCAUACACCUGUCUGUCAUGCUGGUCAAGGUUUGUAAGAUGCUCUUACACGAUGGUGGCGUUGUCUCCACUGCGGACAUAAUCACAACCUUUUUUGACCACUACUCGCAACUUGACUGGCAGAGAGAUAUGGUCUUUGACCCCUUCUUCCACAAGAAUCUGAAGUAUCAUCGGACACCGAGGGAGGCCAUGUGCCUUCUCGGCUGGCACUCUCCAACGCUCAACACGGCACUCACCGCGUCAGUGCCGACCACGAAGAUCAUAUCGGCCGAGCUUUGCCAGGCCACUACCCAACUAUCACGGGACGGAACAAGCUGGCAGUCGCUGCUGUCCAUCCCCGACUCAAGCCAUAGCAAGAACAUGACCCCGGGCGCAUCGAACUUCCUUGGCUCGUUCCGUUCGUUCAUCAAUCUACGUGUUCACUACUGGGGAGCAUCCCUCGAACGUGGAAGCAGACUCGUCGGCUGGUUGGAGUCUCGUUGUGCCUCGCUUCUGGUUGACGUAAACAAGAGAGUACCCGAACUCUCAGCAAGAAUCUGGCCUGCCAGAUUCGUCGACUCAUCUAGCUCCGAAGCUAAGGGAACUCAGGGCGACUACCAGGGCUCCUAUCUCGUCGGACUGGAGUGGAUGAACUCGGACGAGAAGCCAUCGAAGGAUGACCUGGAGGCGGCGCACAGCAACCUGCGCGCCGUCUUGCAGCAGUUCGAAAAGCUCAUCAUGAGCGACGAAAAGUAUUUUGAUCCAAACACUUCUUGGUUUAGUGCGACUGUCGUCAAGAGAAGCGAGCUAGAUGAUCUACACUUGGACGAUCGUGAAUGGGGUGUGCACGUUGAUGGUGACGACGACUCCGACACGGAAGAUGAAGAGGAGGACGAUGACGUCGACGAAGAGUACCAGGAGUGGCUGGCGGACAAGGUUGCAAAAAAAGGCAAGUCGGCAAAGCAGCGCUCAACGACAGUUCGGAAACCCGAGGGGGCGGGCAAAUUCCGCGCGGCACUUGAUGUGCUGAACCGGUUGCGAUGGGAUCCGAACAUUGACAGCAACGACUUCCUCAUCGGGUACGAGGACCGGUUCCUGGGACCUCAAGAGAAGGCUCUCUCUGCCUGGAAGAGUGAGCAGACGCAUGAAGAAUUCAUCCCCCAGCACCGCAUCCUAUGGUUUAAGCGCCGGAGCGACGAUGUCAUUGUAUGGCAUAGGUCCGAACGCAUCGACUUGCUCUUCAAGAAGACCUCGGGGUAA